AUCCUUCCUACCAAUACAAUAUAUGAUCUUCGCAGUCCAGCAGAUGUACUGGUUGACUCUGUACUGAAAUUUACUCAGAAAUCAAAUCAAAUUACUAAAAUGGUGUUGCCUCACAUAUCUCGUGAAACUAUGGCUGGUGUCCGUAGCAUCUUACUACACUGUCCCAGUCUUACCACAUUGGAGCUGAAGAGAACCAGACUGGGCUAUGAUGGAGUCCUCUACAUAUGUAGUGCACUUAGAAAUAAUACGACGUUAAGAUAUCUCGUGAUUCAUGAAGAUCUUCAAUUGCCACCAUUCAGGAGGAAAAGGAACCUCGGUAAGCUCUCUUCUUUCUCAUCCAUGGAGAGAAUUCCUCUGCCUAGUAAGACAACCUGCACUGACUUCCUUCUGGAACUAAACGACAUCCUCAAGGACAACACUACUUUGGAAAAGAUGGAAAUCCAGUCUGGAUUAUUCCUCCCUCUAUCUACUGGUGGAGAGGUUGGACCUCUUCAACAGUUCAAUGUGGGGGCUGUCCGUAGUGGCAUGUCUUCUAAUCUCAGGAGAUCAUUCUCAUCUUCAGACCUGACUCAGCCACAGACCCAACUCUUCUGGGACAGACAGUAUUUUAGUUGUAAACAGAGCGAGGAAGUUAAUUUCAAUAGCUUCUUUUCCAAGAGGAAGGAGGAGGGGAAGAAGUUAUUCUCUCUUCCCUCAUUCACUGCUCCAGACACUGAAGUUCUACUGUCAUUCUCUGGUCUAGACCCUCGUCUCAAGGAAUGUCUGGAGAUAUCUCAUCUCCAUCAGUAUGUGGAAAUGAUUGCCCAACUGAAACAUUCAACUUCGGUGGGGUCUCUAAUGUCUGACUCUGUCUUCAGCGCAAAGAGAAGACAGCUGGCACCCCGAUUGUCCAUUCCUGAGACAGAGAAAUCUGUGAUCUAUGUAGGAAAGGCAUGUUCUUACACAAGUCAAACCGGUAUUAGUCUCCAUUUUCCAGCGGCCAAGUGUCCAAAACCAAUCAAAGUAUCGGUUAAGGUUGUCAGUGGUGACUAUACCCUGCCACCAGAGUAUGAGGGCAUGCCACUAGUCAGCUCGAUGUUCAAAAUCACGGCAAGUGAUACACUUCCUGCUCCUAUUAGUGUAAGACUAGAGCACUGUGCUGUUGUCAACAGAGAAGAUUCUCUGGUACAUAUGGUAGCAGGGGACACUCACCCUUACCACUUUAAACAAUUGCCUGGUGGAAAAUUUCCAAUUGGGGGAUCAUAUGGUGAAAUUAAGUUGGAACAAUUCAGCACUUUUACAACCAUAAUAUGCAGGAUUAUCGGUUUAUACAUAAAUUUGUCAGCUUUUUUGUUCUAUCACAAGGACAGCACUGCAACAUUUGUUGCAACUAAAAAUCUAAGAGAGUUGAAUGAAGCAGUCACAGAGAAAUUCUAUGAUGCUGUUGAAAAGUUAGAGCUUUCGAUGAUGUGUUACUGCUAUACAACUCGUGAAAUAACUCUCACCAUACCACCUGCUAAAGAUGGUGGAUGGAGUAUCGAACCAAAGAGUAUGCCUCCAAAAAUUGAAAGCUGAAUGUAUUCGAAAUUAUGAGAGAGGAAUGAUACCUCCAAGCAUCCAGCUAAAAAUGAAGUGGACUGGUAGAGGGCCUCCUAAAGAUGAAGAUAUUGAAAUAAAAUUAGGCGGGUGUUCAAAAGAAUCCUUUACAUUAUCCUGCAUGUCUCCGCAUAAAAGACAGUCACAGUCACUGACGCAGCAGUCACCUGCUAACUCCGAGGCAGAAAACUCAACUGAGUGGAUAAACCCUUGUGCAGGGUUUGCUCUUCGGAGAAGCAAUGAGAUUUUUGUUGGGGCCGUAGACCCAGAGAAUAUUGUACCAGUGCUCUAUAGCAACGGGCUGCUUACCAAAGAGGAAAAGCAGAAGGCAACACAACAGUCCUCUACCGCUUGCCAGAGGCUUGAGGAAAUUUUUAAAGCAAUGGAGAGGCGGGUUCAUGUCGACCCUCAAUGUUUUCAUACUCUCUUACAGGCUCUCAGUGAAGAACCAGCAACUAAAGGUGUCGCUAAAAAAAUGAAAGACUUCUAUGAUGAUGAAUGCAGAAGACAGAACAUGUGCUGAAUGUAGAUUUACAGAUUUGUAAGUGUCAAUAUUAGUGUAUUCUUAUGAAAGCUAAGAGCAACCAUCAAGUUUCAUGUUCAGAUUUCACUUUUCACGUUUCGUUUAGCGGACAAGAAUACAGUCAAUGAAGUGUAGCAUGGACUCCAGUGGUUCUCUGAAUGACGAACGUCCCAUCCAGGAGGAAAUGUAAUACUUAUAUCUACAGUAGUA